GUUUCUGACAUUUCUGCCUUCAUUCCUUCCUUUUCCUCCUCUGUAUGUACUAUGCCUUUGACCUCCAUAUGGAUGACUUGCCUUUGUUGGUAACAAGCUAAGAAUUCUGGCAUUUUGUACUUGAACUGUGCUGGUCAGAGCCUCCUGGAUGUCCUGUUGGCACUGCAAACUCAGUGUGGUUCAGAUUUGAUGAGUUGUCUACCCUAAGCUUGUCUUACUUCUGUUCUUGGGUUCUCUGUCUCUGUCCCCUGGAGCUGAACAGCCUUGGUGUCCUCCACCUCAGUCCCAUCUCGUCUCCCCUCUGCCCUAGAUGGCCACUCCUAGUUCCUGCUUGAGUCCUGCAGUUUCUUACUCAGCUGGUCUCUCACCUGCUCAGGGGUUCAUUGUAAAUACCAUCUGAGUGCAAGAAGAUAUGUUGUUGAGCUACUUGAAAAGAAUCCAAUGGAAAUGCAUUUUUAACAAGGAGAUAAAGCAGAGCAUUGUAUGGAUUAUGUCAUUGCUUUCGCACAUCCGUUGAUUGUGUCCCUAAUGCUAAGUCACAGCACCUCUUUUAAAAAAGACAUUCAGAUCAAUCCCGGCAUCCAAGGCUGUCUGAGAGGACUCCAACCUUUCUUUUUUUUUUAAACUCCCGCUCCCCUUCUAAAGUUCUGCCAUCUCUACACCAAGUAGACCAGGCUGCCCAGAGCCGUCACCUCCCUUCGCUCUCAUUUUCUCAGGUGCUUGUGUCACUGCUUUUCUUGGAAUGCCCUCCCUUUCCACGUUGCCCCGUCAUCCGCGAGCGCCUGCCUCAGUUCACUUUAAACAGCUGUCGAGGGAAGACCUGCCCUGUGAGGACACGGAUCUUCCUUUGGGUUUGCAUGGGGCUUUCUGUUGUCACCUGGACCGCCUCUUACUCUUAUCACUGAAUUGGGCUGGUACAGUAGGCUUCACUAGACUUAGCUGCAACUCAGAAUUCUCCUCCCGCACCUGGGCAAAUGCUGACGGUCUGUGAGAGUGGAUUAAGAGUACAAGCUAAGUUCUCAAUCCCAAUUAAGAAGCGGAGGAAAAUUUAAACGGUCUCCUUCCGAGUUUAUCACACCACCACCAUCAAGACAGCAAACCAAAGGACAAAGACUGCCUGCUCUGUGGCUCUGUAGUCCCGCUCCCGUACGGCUUACAGCCCUGGCUGGGUUACUAAUGCGUAAAUAACAAGUCGGACACUUCCGUUGUUGGACACCGUUAUUCACAAAGUGACCAACAUGCGGGCUGUGCUGGAGACGGCAGACAUUGCCGUAGUGGCCCUCUACUUUGUCCUGGUCCUGUGCAUUGGCUUCUUUGCCAUGUGGAAGUCUAAUAGGAGCACCGUGAGCGGAUACUUCCUGGCCGGGCGCUCUAUGACCUGGGUAGCGAUUGGGGCCUCUCUGUUUGUGAGCAACAUUGGGAGUGAGCACUUCAUUGGGCUGGCGGGAUCUGGAGCGGCGAGUGGAUUUGCAGUCGGUGCGUGGGAGUUCAAUGCCUUACUGCUGCUGCAGCUUCUGGGAUGGGUUUUCGUCCCGAUUUACAUCCGGUCGGGGGUGUACACCAUGCCUGAGUACUUGUCCAAGCGCUUUGGUGGCCAUAGGAUUCAGGUCUAUUUUGCAGCCUUGUCUCUGAUUCUCUAUAUCUUCACCAAGCUCUCAGUGGAUCUGUAUUCAGGCGCCCUCUUUAUCCAAGAGUCUUUGGGUUGGAACCUUUAUGUGUCUGUCAUCCUGCUCAUUGGCAUGACUGCCUUGCUGACUGUCACCGGAGGCCUUGUUGCGGUGAUCUACACAGACACUCUCCAGGCGCUGCUCAUGAUCGUUGGGGCCCUCACACUUAUGGUUUUUAGCAUGAUGGAGGUUGGCGGGUUUGAGGAAGUUAAGAGAAGGUACAUGUUGGCCUCACCCAAUGUCACUUCCAUCUUGUUGACAUACAACCUUUCCAACACCAAUUCUUGUAAAGUCCACCCUAAGAAAAAUGCACUGAAAAUGUUGCGGAGUGCGACAGAUGAAGAUGUGCCUUGGCCUGGAUUCCUUCUCGGGCAGACCCCAGCCUCCGUGUGGUACUGGUGCGCUGACCAGGUCAUCGUGCAGAGGGUACUGGCAGCUAAAAACAUUUCGCACGCCAAAGGCUCCACUCUGAUGGCUGGCUUCUUGAAGCUUCUGCCCAUGUUCAUCAUUGUGGUCCCAGGCAUGAUCUCCAGGAUCCUGUUUGCGGAUGACAUAGCUUGCAUCAACCCGGAGCACUGCAUGCAGGUGUGCGGUAGCAGGGCCGGGUGCUCGAACAUCGCGUACCCGCGCCUGGUCAUGAAGCUGGUCCCCGUGGGCCUCCGGGGCCUGAUGAUGGCGGUGAUGAUCGCGGCUCUGAUGAGUGACUUGGACUCGAUCUUUAACAGCGCCAGCACCAUCUUCACCCUGGACGUGUACAAACUCAUCCGCAAGAACGCCAGCUCCCGGGAGCUCAUGAUCGUGGGGAGGGUAUUUGUGGCUUUCAUGGUGGUGAUCAGCAUCGCGUGGGUGCCAAUCAUCGUGGAGAUGCAAGGAGGCCAGAUGUACCUUUACAUUCAGGAGGUGGCAGAUUACCUGACGCCCCCCGUGGCAGCCCUGUUCCUUCUGGCAAUUUUCUGGAAGCGCUGCAAUGAGCAAGGGGCUUUCUAUGGUGGAGUGGCUGGCUUUGUUCUCGGAGCAGUGCGCUUAAUACUAGCCUUCACCUACCGGGUCCCGGAAUGUGACCAGCCCGAUAACAGGCCUGGCUUCAUCAAAGACAUUCAUUACAUGUACGUGGCCACCGCAUUGUUUUGGGUCACUGGACUCAUUACUGUAAUUGUUAGCCUUCUCACGGCACCCCCCACGAAGGAGCAAAUUCGUACCACCACCUUUUGGUCUAAGAAGAGCGUGGUGGUGGAGGAGAGCUGCUCCCCGAAAGACGAACCAUACAAAAUGCAGGAGAAGAGCAUCCUGAGAUGCAGUGAGAACAGUGAGCCCAUCAACCACAUCAUUCCCAAUGGGAAGUCUGAAGACAGCAUUAAGGGCCUUCAGCCUGAAGAUGUUAAUCUCUUGGGGACCUGCAGGGAGGAGGGCAACCCCGCGGCUUCCUUAGGUCAUUCAGAGGCAGAAACACCAGUAGACGCUUAUUCCAAUGGGCAAGCAGCACUCAUGGGUGAAAAAGAGAGAAAGAAAGAAGCAGAGGAUGGAGGCCGCUGCUGCAAGUUAAUAGAUUGGUUCUGUGGCUUUAAAAGUAAGAGCCUCAGCAAGAGGAGUCUCAGAGACCUGAUGGAGGAGGAGGCGGUCUGCUUGCAGAUGCUGGAAGAGCCUCCACAUAUUAAACUCAUACUAGAUAUUGGACUUUUUGCUGUGUGUUCACUUGGAAUUUUCAUGUUUGUUUAUUUUUCCUUAUGAACUUUUAAGGAUAUGGUGAGACAGUAACUUAAGAAAAUACUGGUCUUUGGAAAAAAAACUUACAUAACUGUUGCAUUUUUCAGGCAUUGUUUACGCUGUAGGUUUUAGCCAAAUUUUACUCAGCAGAACAUCAUCUAUUUGCAAGACUUUAUUUUCCCAGAGAUGGAUGAAAGUAAACUUUCAACCUAAUUGAAGCAAAGCUUGUUUAAUAGACUGAAUUGUGCAAAUAUGGUUUAAAAUUUUUCAUACCAAAGUAAGACCAAUUAUUCUCACAGAACACGUAGAGCAGAUAUAAGCCGUCACGAGAAAGUGAACUGUCUGCACUGCCAGGUCCUGGUAGAUUUUAGCCUGAAGUAGAAGACUUGCUCAUUUCAGAGUAUUUCCUGUCUCUGUAAUCCCUCCUACCAUUUAAAAAAAAAAUUUGCACUUGUAGAGAUUGUAUAAUCAAUUCUGUACUGAAAAUCUAACUUAUGUGCUAGUGAGGUACUUGUUCCAGGACAAGUUAGUUAGUUGCCGGGUUCAUUUGGUUAGCAUGAGCCUGUGGAUUCUGAUUGCCAAAAGAAAGGAAGAACAUCUUUCUGUAGCUAUUCUUGUACCACCACUGUAUGCAGUGUUGGGGGAAAGUUUGUUCAGUUCCUUUUUUCCCCACUUUGAAUUUUAGUGAACCAUACUCAAAUGACCACCAAGUCUGUCUUUAUAAAGUUAUAUGCCAUUAUUGUAUUUUUAAGUGGUUAUGGGGGGGAAGAUGAAGUAAACUUUGCUGAUGACCUCCACAUUCAUUGGCCAAAUUAAGGUUGUUCAUGUUGUUUGGGAGUUUUGCAGCCCCUAAGCAGUGUCAGACCAGCUUCCGCUGAGCAGGUGAUUGCUUGUACUCCACUAACUCCCUAGGCACGUGCUUGGCAUUUGGUGACGCUCUUGCGUAGCCAGAUGCCUUCCCAAGUAGAUCCAGUUGGAAGAUAUGUUCAGAAAUUGAAGAAAAAUUGACACUGCCUUAGUGCUGGGUUGCCCUGCUUGAUCAGAUCAUGAUAUAUGGAGGUUGUUUAGGCUUUAGAGGGAAAAUUUAAUUCUGAGAUUAUAUUUAUUCUUGAUCAGUGUUUUUCUUGAUACACCUUUUCAAAAGACUUACCAUCCGUACCCGGCCUAUACAUUUUUGCUUAAAAAGUUAAGUGACUUAGAGCAUGAAGAUGUUUGAAUGCAAACUGGCCAUGAGUAACGGGACACUCAGUGCAUGUUUUGCUGUGGGUAGAUUGUCAGUAUCGUCCUUACAGAAUGGACAGCAUGUGUGAGAGGUGCUGUGAGCAGGAGCUCCUGGUUCAGUAGCGUGCCUCCCGGAGGGUCACAGGACCUGUGUGGUCAUAGGACCCUUUACCUUGACACGGCUUGGUUCACAGUGGCAACCUCCAUCGAUGGGAUUCGGCGUUCACGGGCUGAUGCCCCCUCACGAGGGCAAGGCGCACAGAAGGUGGUAGAGGGACGCUCCGCAGAUUCUGGAGUUCAGUGUCUGUGCAGCACCAUCCCCUCCCAAACUCCAUGACAGAUGAAGGGCACUGCCUGUGUAUCUACUUUCUUUGACUUUUCUGUACUCUGAUACUUUUUAAAUCGCAUGAUUUUAUUAAGCUUAUAUUUAGGCAAAAUUAUUACUUUUUUAGGUACUUUUGUAGGUUUUGAAUCAAAACUCAGUCCUAAUGACAUUAACUAUUUUGUAUUCUAUAAACCAGUUUCAUUAAUGAUGGACUUGAUUAGUCCAAUGUUGAUUUAGAAAUGAUCGGGGAGCUUCAUGUCUUCCCACCACCAGGAGGCUUUCUGAUGGACUGAGGCUGUAGCCGAGAAAACACUUCUUAUGUGAAUAGCAUGGUUGUUGAGAGCUUACAGUGCCUUGUAGAAUUUUUUCUCAAUUUCACUCUUAAGGUUUAUAAGUUGGGGGCCAAAUAAAUAGGGACCAUCCUUUUCUUGCCUGGAGGCUGAGGCUGUGACACGUCCAAGGUUAUUACAAACUCCACUGGGAAGAACAGACAACCAGGUGUCCACUCUGGACUCAUGGUUUGUUCAUGGUUCGUCCUUUUCUCAAAGAAUGUUCCUCCUCUGAGAUAACCUUCCGCAUUUGGGAAAUAGCAGGCUCUCUGAUUUUUCAAAAUGCCAUUCAGUUGGAGGAAUUAGCAUUUUCUUUGAUGACAUUGCUGGUCUCUCAGCAGUGAGGAUCGCCAUACUGGCUGGGCAGCCUUCUUACCCUUUGUACUUACAGCACAAAUGAGUAGGUGGUGUUUAUGUAGACUCUCCCUUUGUUUUAUGUUGUGUCCUCACUUUUGGAGUAUUAGGGUCCCCCUGCCUUCUCUGCUGUUGUCUUAGUAUAAUAGUGAAAUGCAUCAUCUUGUGUCUGUUCGUGUGUGUAUAUAGCAAUAGGUCAAGUUUAGAGGACUAAAGCCUGUAAAUAAGGAAUGACUAUUAGCAUAUCCAUUAGGUUGUUUAUUUUUUGCCGUGUAAACAUCACUUUGUUUAGACUGAAGUCCCUGAAGUUUGUCCUUGUUGCUUCCCAGCAGUAGAUAACGUGCUUGAAAGCAUGUGGAUUGCUGAGGGGCAGCUUCAUUUCAGGGGUUCAUUUUUCAGUCUAAGGUCAUUAGAAUGAUUGUUCAUGGAAUGAUACGUGGUCUGUUUUAAGCUAGCAAAAAUGUUCAUUCUUCACACUAAUGAAAUGAGUCCUAAAUGGUAUUGAUCUCUCUAUAUAGACAUGUAUAUAUUUUUAUAUUGGUUCAAGCUAAGGUUCAGAAUUGACCAAGAGGAAUAGUGACUAAAAUAGCUGAGAGUCAAAAUGAGGUGAGGACACUGGUCUUCACAGGGGAGAAGAUCCAGUCUGACCUGCGGUGAAUGGUAGCCCCAGUCCUUAGAUUUGUCCUUCAGGCCUCCUCGUCUCAAGGUCUGAUGAGAGAGCGUAUCACUCUGGUUUGCAGGAUAAUUCGUGGCUCUGUUGUGGGCCCUCUGAUUCCUCUGUUCAGCUAAGAGCGUUUUGUCCUGCCACCCAAGAGCCAGCAGCUUUUGAAACACCUGAGCCUGUUUCCUGGCUCUUCCUUCCUGUGAGGUUGUCCCGCCGUCUCUAAGUUAGAGAGGCACCCAGCGGAGCAGCGACUGUGUCCUGGGCCAGAUCCCACAGAUCCGACCUCCCAGCACUUCCUGUUCACUGGCUCUGAGAGGGUCACAGUAGCCAUAGCUUUUAGAGACGGCACCUCCCGUAAUGAGCAGGGACCCACCACUUUGUGAAAUCCACAUUUUGAGGACUGAGUGGAAAGGUUAACAGCGCUCUAACCCGAGGCUGAGUGGGGAGAGGAAGCUGAGUGUGUCCUGGGCUGUGGGUGUCAAGUCUGCGCUGUUCUCAGGCACUCCAGUGCCCUCUCCCUAUUCUGGGCGUGGGGAUCUUACCCCCCCCCCCCCCCCCAAUAACAUUUAAUGUAGGCGAUGGGUUACCAGCCAUUGGAAGAUCAGGCCAUCAGUGUUCCCACUGGGCGUGUCCGCUCACUGCUUUCCUUGUCCUUCACUCCUCUGUGCGUUUCCAUCUGAGAUGCGGCGACGGGAAAGGACCACCUGGGCGCCAGGCAGUGGCGUCUCCCCAUGCCUAGGCUGGGGUUGAGGGGUGUAUACAGACCCUUCCUGUUACGUCAUGUGGCUACAGGGACUUGCAGGACAGGCUUCCCGAGGAACAGGAACACUAUUUAGUGCGAUGCGGAGAAGCUCCUGGGAGAUACAGCGUUAACAAGUCGGUAAAGGACAAACGUGAGCUUAAAAGUGUGUAGAAUCACAUUCCUUGAAUUCUCAGUAUCUUGACUCUCAGCUAGUUUAUACCCCUCCCCAUAUAGGUUAGGGUAUCAGUGAAUAAGAUGCAGCCUGUUAAAUCCCGGUUUGAUGUUUGAUAUUGUAAAGUAGGAGUUUAUGAACAUAUUUGAGGUUAAAAUGACUAAUAUUUGAAUGGUUUUAGGCUUCAGUAUUCAUAAGGUUUCUUAUUAGCCGAAUGUUAAAUGCUUCAUUUCAGUGUUGAAGGCUUGACUAGUGAGGGUGUGUGUGUCUGUGAGAAUAGCCCCCUGUUAUCCAGAGAGACCGUCUUCUCCCUGAGUCUCUCCCUUCAGAUGCUUUCAUUCUUCCCUGGGCUCGGCCUGUUGUCCUCUGAGCUCAUUUCCAGGCUAAUUGCUAUGGUGUUAAAGCGCUGGUCUUGCACAGUGUGAAGACUUGUAUCCAAAUAAUGACCCAUUAACUAUAGAUGUGUCUAAAAACUACCGCAUUUCUAUUAGCUUCAACUGUUAAUUCUCAAGAAUGAUUUUCUCAGAGUGUGUGUUCACUAAUAAGAAAAGCCCUAAUUCAGUAUUUUAUUCUCAAAACUUCUUUUUUAAAAAUUAGGGAGACAGCAGUAAUUACAUUCAUGAGACCUUUUGAAAAGACUGUGCCACAGUGCAGAGUGGAAUGGUGUUUUGAUGUCAAAAAGCCUUGUUACAGUAAUUAAGGUAAAAAGUUGGAAUAGUCUGUUGGCAUCAAGAGAAACCCCUUUGUACUAGUUAGGUAUGAAGUUGGACUACACGAGAAGUAAUCUUGGUUCCUACACUUGGUUAGACUUAGUUGACUCAACCCCUUUUCCUCCAUUAAAGUCCCGUCUCUUCAUCGGCUUGCUGUUGGUCUGACUCUGCUACCUUUACUCCUAGAACAGCAUUUAGCUACGGCCCCAAAUAACUAACAGGCGUGGCCAGUGCUGUGCCCACACUCUGUUCACUUACUCCUCGUGUACAUGUUUUUAUUUAAGCUUCUCCCUCCACAGCAGGGAACAAGGCUUUCAACUGCUCAUUGACUUCGAAAGGCAUGUUGUGUCAUCUGUGUUUUUGUUUCCAUCUCAAAUCCUUUAUGAAGGAUAGAUUGAGUUUUCUGUUUGGGGUUAGACAUUCCAUUUAUGUGGUAACUGACAGCCUUAACCAUUGGCAUGUAGUCUUUGAUUCAGAAGUAAACUGUGGUGUAUCUGUAUCAUUACUCAUGUCACGCACAUGACUUUCUAAGAAGCUGUUGACUUAACCCAUGAGCCUCACUCUAAGGACUUUUGCAGUUUGUUGUGGUUACCAUGUUUGAAGGAAGAUGCUGGAG